AUGGAGGACAAUUCUGGUCAACCAAAAAGGGGAAUUUUGAGGAACAAAUCCGAAGAUAAACACCAGUAAGAACGUAUUUCAAGAAGUGACAUUAUUUAAGUGUUUUGCAAAGCCAGUAUUUUGUUCCUAAACCAAUUUUCUUUCACCCGUUUGCGAAAAGUACCUGAUCUUAUGCACGCGCUCAGCGAUUCUGUCAGAUUCUCAUUCCACAGUUGUUGCGUUGUAAAUUAUUUUUCUUUAUUCUCGGUGUUCAUUUUUGUUUUUGCGUUUUGAUAUUCUCGCUAAAGCUUUAAUAAUGGGUUAGAACCUAUACUUAUUAGUACUGUACUGGUAUUAAAUACUCUGGUAUUUUUGACGCUAAUUUUUCACACCAGGUUUUCAUGCAACUCAUAAGCUUGAAGCUUCAUACAUUGGCGUUAAAAGAUUUAAUUUUUAAACUUAUGUUUUCAAAAUAUGGGUCUCUCUUGAGUCAUCUUAGUCACUCUUUUCAAAAAUUAGCUUUGUAUACUUUGUCGAUCAUACUCCGAUGGACACUUCCCGUAUUGAUUAUAGUGAUGCCAAUAAUUAUUAGUGUCAGUCUUUUCAGCUUUAGACUUGCAAAGGUCAUUCUUAGACUAAAUUUAGUCUUAACAAAAGAGGUUUUGAAUAUAAGUUUAUUUUCUUUAUAGAUGUUACAUUGAUUUUGUAAGUACAAAAAAGGUUUUCUUUGAAUUUAUACUAUUGCAGGAAAAUUGAGGUUGCAUGACUUUGUUUUUAGAUAAUUAUUUAAAUAUUGACUUUUCUUUAUUCUUUGGUUUGCAUCAUAUGAGACGGUCAAACCCUCUUAAGAGACACCUUGGUUUUUUAUGGACAAGUUUUAGCAGUAAAGUUGCUGUAUGUAGAUCCUCCUCAAUACAGUCACACAGACAGUGUUUUCCUUUGGUAUCAAUAGUAUCUAUUUCAUUUGACUCUCAAAUUAGUGCUGAAAACUUAAAUUUAAGGAAACCAACAAAUUUCAUUUUUAUAGGAAUUGAAAAUUAAAAGUAGCAUGCUAAAGCACUGCCAAAAAAGGCUUUAUUGAAUGGCUAAGGUUGUAAUCUGAGUCUAAGUAAUCUGAAGGCUCAGGAGAAAAAUCUACCCAUUUAAUUUGUUGAUAAUUUUUGAAAUACUUCAUCAUUUUUUAAACUAAGAAUUGUGUACUUGACUGUGAAAAAUUCAGCCAUGUGAAAUUUAUGUGCAGAGACUUUCUUAUAGUUUUGUGAAAUGUAUUACAAAGAUAUGACUCAUAAAAAAGGAUUAAAUUUAUUUUUCUUGGUGCAUAAAAUAUAAGCCACAGAGUUAAUGAGUGGGAAUAAGAUAAGCCAGUUUUCUCUCUUGAAAGAGAGGAAACAUAGCAUUAUGAAAUGGUGGCAACCACAACUAAUUAAUCACCCAGUGUUUCAUUGUUUCUUGUCAGCCUAAAACUUCCUUUGACUUAAAAAAUAGCUUUUGCCUAUAAUGCAAAUUCAUUGGAUCCAACUGAUAACACAACUGGAUUUUUUUUCAUUAUCAAGAGAGUGAUGAAUGUUUAAUGCCUUUCUUUGUCUCUCUUAAACUGCCUGCAAGCCUUUUGAGAAACAUGAAAUAUUUUUCUUUUUUUUAGACAAACUUGUUUUCCUUAUAUAUUAAAUAUCUGGUAUUAUUCUGUAGCUUGUAAAUGUUUUUCUUUAGCAGAGUGUCUAUUCCUUCACUGUUGUCAGUGAUUCUUUCCAGCUGUCGUUUAAAUAUAUUUUUAUGCUAAUAAUUUUAUUGCAAUCUUCGUGAUACUUUUUUAUAAAAUUAUGCACGAUUUUUCUUGUCAUUUAGUUUUUUCCAAAUUCGUUCGUUAAUGUGUUUUUUUUCUGUAAAACAGAACUGCCCACUCGUGUUGCCAUACUUUUCUUUAUAUGAAAGUGGAUGACAUCUUUUUGGACUAUGCAGUCAUAUUGUGUCCGUAAUGUCUGUUGGUAGGAAUGGUGACAUUUCUGAAGGGCAGAUACAAUUAAUAUUCUAUGAUCGAGACAGUUCUCAAACAUGCAGAGUCUAUUAUGCUGCAGUUGUUGCUUGUCAUUUUAUCAAUUUAUUUUUUCUUUUCAAAAGGAAACUUUGCAAAAAAGGUGUAAUUGAGGUCAUCGACAUGCUAUGUAACAUGAAGGUGAAGUGUGAUUUCUUGCGUCAAAAAAAAUUUUUUUUUCUUGAUACAAGAACAUUUCCUAUGGGCAUUCAGUGAGUAAUAGAAUAAGCUUAAUGAAAUGUAAAAUGUCUGCUCUUUAGUGAAGUUGAAAUAAGAUUCAAGUGAUAUACAAGGUAAGGUAGAAAAAGGGUGCCAGAUGUAAUGUUACAGCUUUGUGUUUGGAGAGGAGACCUCAAGAAACUACCAGUCUUAUGGUAUUUUACCUUAACUAAAGAAAACCUUUGUUUAAUCAUUAAAUUUCAGUUCAGGUAUUCAGUGGGAUGAAAUGAACAUUUUGAUGACACAUCACCCCCCAGACAAAGACUAUGGGCACAUUAAGAUCAAUGAGCCUCCAACGCCCUAUAAUAGAUGGAAGGACCCUGAUGAUGAAGCUGGGGAGGGAACUGUUGAACCAUUCUCUGACGAUGAAGUUGAUCCUGGAAAACUAGAUCCUGACCAUUUGCAUAAAAGGUAAUAGCAGCCUGCAAUCAUAAUCUCCAAGCAGCUAUUACGCAUGCAUGUAUGGUAGGUAUAUAGCCAGCUUUGUUUGGACUCCCUUUAAGAAUGAAUAAAAUACACAGAAUCCAAUCUGAUCUGAUGAGCGUUCAAUCUUGUACCCAGAGUCUUCUGGAUUUUUGGUACAAGGUUGAUGCACAUUUGGACCUUUUGAUCUCUCGUGAUAUGAUCAUGUGUGUUUAGACCAUCUACUAUGUGAGUCUUAUGCAAAGCAAGGCAUUGGAGCAAAAGCAUUUUGACCUUCAAUUGAUGUCACCUGUGGUCCUUAACCUUAAGUUAUUAUUGGUUUUAAAUAGAGAACUUGUUCACAAAUUUGAAGUUUUCUUUGUACCCCUUUGAGGCAGACCAACUGUUGUGUCGGAGCAGAAAUUGAAUGGGUCAACCCAUUGCUGGCUUUCAUUGUCAAGCCAUACAAAAUAAAAAUCAAAACCAUUCAAAAGAUGAAGUCCAGAAUCUGGUAAAUGAAAGGGAAUAAACAUGCUCAGACCCUUAGUAAGACUCAUGUCUGUGCAAUUUUUUAUAUGCAAGAUAUUCGGAGAAAUGAUUUACCUAAAUUUAUAGACACCAUGUUGGUGUCCCUCUAAGGGGCACCAACAUAUGAACUCCAUAAUAAUGCACGCAAGAUAAUUUUCCCCAGUUGAAAGAAUGCAUAUAGCAGGGCUCAAAAAGAGCUUGAAUUCCAGCUUGUCUUUUGGGAAGUAGCUCCCACAUUUUGCUUGUUAUGGGUCACUUCUUGCUCAUCUUAGUUAAUGAUUUUGGUAGGGAACAUCUUCCCUGGACCCUUCCCCAUUUGGCAAACUUUUGUGGGUACUUGUAAGUAAAAGUUACUUUCCCAGCAAGAAAUUUUGCUUGUCCUGAACCUCCAGACAGAACUUUUUAAAGCCCUGUACAAGUUGAAUUCUCUGCCACUAUGGUUAGAUUUAUAUACUCAUGAGUUCACCAUAAAGAAGAUUCUCCUGCAACCCAAAACAGAUAAUUUUUCACAUCUUUGUGUGCUUUGAUACAAGGAUUAAAGAUGCUCCAAAGAGGCGUUCUUGGGAAGAUCCAGAAAAUGGUGGAGAGGAAGAGGAAGAUGAUGAGUUAUCAGAACCACAGAAAGGUUGAUUGACAUUCAUUUCAUCCUAUUNCCUAAAUUUAUAGACACCAUGUUGGUGUCCCUCUAAGGGGCACCAACAUAUGAACUCCAUAAUAAUGCACGCAAGAUAAUUUUCCCCAGUUGAAAGAAUGCAUAUAGCAGGGCUCAAAAAGAGCUUGAAUUCCAGCUUGUCUUUUGGGAAGUAGCUCCCACAUUUUGCUUGUUAUGGGUCACUUCUUGCUCAUCUUAGUUAAUGAUUUUGGUAGGGAACAUCUUCCCUGGACCCUUCCCCAUUUGGCAAACUUUUGUGGGUACUUGUAAGUAAAAGUUACUUUCCCAGCAAGAAAUUUUGCUUGUCCUGAACCUCCAGACAGAACUUUUUAAAGCCCUGUACAAGUUGAAUUCUCUGCCACUAUGGUUAGAUUUAUAUACUCAUGAGUUCACCAUAAAGAAGAUUCUCCUGCAACCCAAAACAGAUAAUUUUUCACAUCUUUGUGUGCUUUGAUACAAGGAUUAAAGAUGCUCCAAAGAGGCGUUCUUGGGAAGAUCCAGAAAAUGGUGGAGAGGAAGAGGAAGAUGAUGAGUUAUCAGAACCACAGAAAGGUUGAUUGACAUUCAUUUCAUCCUAUUAUUGAAUAAGGAACUGAGUAUUAUUAUGAAAAGUUAUGCAGAUUGAGGAGGUUGUUGUGGGCUAAGGUGGAUAAUGUUUUCUAAGAUCUGCAUGAUUCUUUUAUAUCAUACUAAAGGUAAAAGCCUUUGCCAUAAUAAUUCUGGUCUCAACUUUCUUUUGCAUCAAAGGAAGAUCAAAGUGGUCUCAAUGUUGGCGUAAAUAUAGAGCAGUAGAAAAGUCUUUCCUAAGUUAAAGUACGAUAAUGGCUGUAAUAAUGAUAAUAUGUCUGUAUUUCAUAGAAUAAAGGUUGAUUGACAUUUAUAUGUAUUCCAUGUUACAAUAACUAUUAAGAAAAGGGCCAAAUGUUACAAAUAUAACAGUAGAUAAAAAGACAAGAUUGAAAGUUUAAAAAAGUGUAAAUAGCUGAGGAAUAAGGAAUAUUAUAUUAAAAAGACAAUGUAAAAAUGGUAAAAUGACAUAGUAAAAAAGCAAUCUAAAUAGCUAAGUUAUCAUUAAAUACGAUUUAUAAAAUUGUUCAUAAACCUUUGGGUGUUAAUUUUCGGCCUAAGAGUAGAACUACAAUACAGCUGGUACUCCUUUGCUUUGGGAAGCAUGCAAUAGAGAGGAUUUCCUUCCGACUCAGACACUUUGCUGUAAAUUCUUCUGUCUUGUUUUUCUAGGAGCUCGCGGAUGUUAACUUUGUGAGAAAUAUAAUUACGCUUGAAGCAAUUUUAGGUCUCCAAAGGAUGACUUUGACAAAAGUUGAGGGACUGCUGUUGCAUUCCUUUUUUUGUCACUUCUUCAGCUCAAACUACAGGUGGCCAGAGGCAACUUUUUGUCCUGGGGUCAAUUUAAUAAAACGUUUUCAAGACUUUUUGUAAUUUACUAGUCUAGCUAUUGGUUUAGACUCUAAAACAAUGGCUUCUUAAAUUACACUGGUAAAAGUUUCAUUAAAUUGACCCCUGUGUGAUAUUUGGUGAGCAUUUUGUUCUCCCUUUAAUUACUGGUUUAUUAAACCUUAUAACAUUGCUGAUUGUUUUGAUUUAGAGGUGAAGAAGAAAUUUGAAGAAAAGCGAAAAUACCAUUACAAUGAGUAUUCCAAGGUCAAACUUGCAAGGAAACUUAUAGAGCAGGAAUUAAAAGAUUUAGAAGAUGAUGAUGAUGAUACAGACAGUAAAAAGGAACAACCAAGCUCAUCAGCACAAACUGAUGCUGACACACAGGUGCGAUAA